CGGAACGCAUAAGAACGUUGCAGAGCAUACGAGCAUUGGAGUUGCCAGCCAAAGGAUUGGCGAUCUGGUUACACUCUGGGACGGCUUAGUCAGAUACUUGGAGGCUUGCAGGAGCUCCGGAGGCACUUCGCAUUGUCCAAGGAUCGCACCCAUCGCGCAUUUAAGGAAGCUUCAGUGACAGGACUGUUCUACCUCAAGAACAAAUUACUCUUAACUUCGAAGCGCGAGGAAGCGGACUAAGAUACGAUACGCUCGUGAGAAAGUCUCCAUAGAAUUCCGGCAGCAUGUUUCACCCGAGAGGAUGGGAUCUUGCCCGUCGAAGUUGCACAUCGGAUGUCCUAUGCACGGCAUCAAGACAACGGUGUAGCUCACGAAAAGCACAGGACAUCUCAUGCGCACCACAUCCGCGCAUGACGAAACGCUCAUUGUCUUCCGGUCCAAAUUUCUACCACAACCGCAUCCUUGAACAGUACGCAGCACGCGAAACCCGUCGCGUCACCCUACGGCAAUUGACAGUCUUUGGACGAACACUCUCUGAAGAAAAGCUCCUAAAAAGCGCGAACUACGUGCGCGCGGAACUGCCCGUCCGCUUAGCACACCGCAUCGCUGAUUUCCAACAUCUUCCGUUCGUCGUCGGCACGAAUCCACAUAUCGAGUUUAUAUAUCAUCUGUAUUGGGCAGCGUUUGAGAUGUUUCGCGCGAUCAAGCCGAUAGAGACUUUGGAGCAGAAUAGGGAGUUUUGCGAGACGGUGGAGAUUAUGCUGGAUAGGCAUCUCGUCGCUAUCCCACGUUUAGCUAUGGGCAUCGCCGAAUCGUCAGAGCAUUUGCAACCGCGGGAAGCCGAUCGGUUUAUGAACGAGAUGCUGCGGAGUCGAAUUGGGAGAAGAGUGUUGGCGGAACAGCACAUCAAGUUGUCCGCUGUCUUUGAUGGCCACGAGCACCAAGAAGAGUCCUUCAUUGGCAUCGUCAACACAAAAUGUCGUGCAGAGGAUGUUGUAAGGAAAUGCGCUGCGUUGGCCGGCAAAAUCUUUGAGGAUGGAUUGGGAAUACAACCACCGGAAGUAGUCGUCGACGGGUUCCUCGACGCGACGUUCACGUAUAUCCCGGACCAGAUCGAGUACAUCGUCUUUGAGCUGUUGAAGAACAGUAUGUGGGCGACGAUCGAGAAGCACGCACCACAU